AUUACGGACGAAUGUCAUUUCGCCAGAUCUGUCAUCUGUGAUUGGAAGCUGUGCCCCCUGACACCACAUACGUGCAAAAGGAAAAACCAAAACCAAACAAGGACCUAGUUAAGAACUGAUGUGCCCUGCAGGGUUACUGCAGUGUUGAGGUCUCCGACGGGCCCUGGUUCUAUAAGUACGUGCUGAGCGGGAGCUGUCUUGAGACUUUUGAGUGUUUGGGCAGGAGGUAGAGCAGCUUAGGACUGCGUGCAGGAGGACAGCGUAUCUGAGCUGCUUUAGGGUGCUUUGUUCUUGCAGCACCCGUUUUGGAUCAAGCACAUUGGGGUUCCUUUCUGCCCAUCCAGAUUUAGCCCAGCAGGGGGAGAAGUCCUUCAGGAGCCAACCUGGGAGGGAAUUCAGGUCUUGUGCAGAGGUCCGGCUGGCACCUCGCUCACUAUAACAACGUCAGAGACGGAUUCAGCUCAUGACCUUGCCAUCCGAGAGCACGAACGGCAGGGCGCCCUUCCCCUCGCGCUCUUCCCUCGCCGCCAACGCGCUGGCUCUCUGUUACCUCCCACCUCUCCUCGCAGUCCGUUACGGACACUUUUCUUAUCUACAAAGAGAGGAUCACAUCUGCUUGGACAUCUUCGUUGAACUUGGACCUGACAUGAGCCGACAUUCCUUUCUGAUGACGAAAGACCUACUGAGGAUAUCUUGCGUUUCCUUGAAAACUAAAACCAGAGCAUUUUAUACGGCCGAGCACAGUAUAGGAGGUUUGCUGGCAUGGGAAACCUGCUCAAAGUCCUUACCAGGGAAAUUGAAAACUAUCCACAUUUUUUUCUGGAUUUUGAAAAUGCCCAGCCCACAGAAGGAGAGAGGGAAAUAUGGAACCAGAUCAGCGCCGUCCUCCAGGACUCCGAGAGCAUCCUCGCCGACCUGCAGGCCUACAAGGGCGCGGGGCCAGAGAUCCGAGACGCAAUUCAAAAUCCCAAUGACAUCCAGCUUCAGGAAAAAGCUUGGAACGCAGUGUGUCCUCUGGUCGUGAGGCUAAAGAGAUUCUAUGAGUUCUCCAUAAGGCUAGAAAAAGCUCUUCAGAGUUUAUUAGAGUCUCUGACCUGUCCACCCUACACACCGACCCAGCACCUGGAGCGGGAGCAGGCCCUGGCUAAGGAGUUUGCCGAAAUUCUGCACUUCACCCUUCGGUUCGAUGAGCUGAAGAUGAGGAACCCGGCCAUUCAGAAUGACUUCAGUUACUACAGGAGGACAAUAAGCCGCAAUCGCAUCAACAACAUGCACCUAGACAUUGAGAAUGAAGUCAAUAACGAGAUGGCCAAUCGAAUGUCCCUCUUCUAUGCAGAAGCCACACCCAUGCUGAAGACCCUCAGCAAUGCCACCAUGCACUUUGUCUCCGAAAACAAAACCCUGCCCAUAGAGAACACCACAGACUGCCUCAGCACCAUGACGAGUGUCUGUAAAGUCAUGCUGGAGACGCCGGAGUACAGGAGCAGGUUUACGAGCGAGGAGACGCUGAUGUUCUGCAUGAGGGUCAUGGUGGGGGUCAUCAUCCUCUACGACCACGUCCACCCCGUGGGAGCGUUCUGCAAGACGUCCAAGAUCGAUAUGAAAGGCUGCAUAAAGGUUCUGAAGGAACAGGCCCCAGACAGCGUGGAGGGGCUGCUGAAUGCCCUCAGGUUCACUACAAAGCACUUGAAUGAUGAAUCGACUUCCAAACAGAUUCGAGCAAUGCUUCAGUAAGGCGCUGCUCCGCGAAGAGGCUCUAUGUACUGACCUCAGAAGAUGUAUAUGUUUACAUAAUUUAAUACAGAUUGAUGUUAAUACUUGUGUAUUUACAUAACCGUUUCCUUCUUGUCACUGAAAUAUAUGGACCUUCGUUUGUAUCCCGACUGACUCAGCCCAGCAGAGCAUACGUUGACUGGAGAGCCUUACCUUCGACGUCUAAAACACAACCCCCUCCGCCAAAGGCAAAAUUUGGAGGCGUCGAACGUUGCCACUGGAGCCCUUUAACUACACCUGUAACCAUCAGCAAUUGCUAAUAGUUUGUGGUAGUGUUUAAAUUCUAGAUGUGUAAUCUCUCUGGGAAGUAGUGAUAGAAACACAAAGUAUUUGAUUUCCUGGGUUGGCUCAGCUACAAGAAACACGACUGAUAUCCUGACAGUUGGAGAGAGGAAUCCAGAGGAAGGAAAACGCUUGUGGAGAGUCCAGCCCACGUGCCUGGGACUCAGCACGCCCCUCUCUCCCGAGACUGCCAGCCACGCGUGCGGCCUUUCUGUUUGCACGCGUUGCAUUCAUCACACGUUCCCUUUCUGUCUGGAUUUACGUCCCUCUAAAGAUCCCUUUCGAUUUUGCAAGAGGAAAGUCACCUGUGUUUGAAUGAGAGAAGAGUAGACAGGCGUGCCGUCGGAGAUGCAGCUCCUUCCUGACCCCAUUGCGAGCUUGUUGCAGUGUGUAGAGCCUGGUCAGAGUUCCUGGAUUUGGUUCUAGCCCUGUUGAGUCACAGCGUGAUCUUGGGAAAUUCACUGAAGCUCUGUGUCUCACCUUUCUCAUCUAUAAAAUGGACAGUGAAAACAGACAAUCUCCAAGAGCCCCCUAAGGCUACGGGUCAUUGAAACGACCGACUCCUACAUUCGUCCUUCGUAACGAGAGUCCAGUAAGCAUCACCCACCUUAGCUUGAUGAUUGACCAUAUGACAAAGCCUAGGGUCAUUCUGUCUGAAAAUCAGAGCUUAGAAUGAAACCGUGGAAAUCUAAUCUCCAAUGGAAAAAAUGAGACAGAGGGCGAAGUCAAUCAGGACCCCACCCCAAUGUAGGACUAGAAUCCAGGAUGCCUCACUCCCAACUCCAUGCUCUUUCCUUUCCACCAUGUGGCCUAUGCAUACCUACUAUGGGAUGAGACUGGAUACUUUAAAACAAAUCCUCAGCCUGGCCUAUAUAAUUACUUACCUAUUUCUGGUAGACAGGAAGAGUUACCCAGUGAAUGAUAAUUCCAGAAGUUGGGUCUGGGUACCUUAGAGCCCAGUGUCAUUCACAAUAUCCCAUGAAAUAAGCUGUCACACCAUCGCUUCCCAGACUUUAGUGGCCAGCUGGCAUUCCCUUGAGUCCUCCAAGGAAAAGGGAGACAUACAUUUGUUUUGUUUUAUUUUCAACAAAGAAAUCCAGCCAAGUGGCAAAACUGUUUCCAUGGUCUGUAUCUACAUGUCAGUCAACAGAGAGGGGAAAGACCCUUUUCCUUAAAGCUGUUCAAGCUGAGCCAGUACAGCUGCUUGGAUGGCUGCUCUCCCACCAGCAUCGAAAUGCACUAGAUGGCCUUCAAGACCUUUCCAAGCCUAGGGAUGCUAAUGCCCUACCAGAGAAUGGGGUGACAAUGCGUGAACAAACUCAUUAAAUAUUCAGCUUAAGAAAAGUUCUUCUAUUUGGCAGCCACAUAGUAUCCUUGGGCAACAACUGUCAAGACUAGAAACAUAGAGGCACUGAAUGUUCACCCUUCUUGGGUCCAGUUUCCCCCUUUAUCAGGAAAGUCUUGGAAAGAGGCAGGGACUUGCAGAGGAAAUAGCUGAGCAUGUGUAUAAUUUUUAAUUAGACUUUCUAUCAAAGGGGACCAAAUAUAUGGGAGGGGCUGCUGGCCUGCCCCGAUUUAGCCAGGUCAUCGUAUCUCGAAGCCAAGAUUCAGCCACCAGUAUAUGGAUUCUCAAAAGCCCAGGGUCUGGACAUCGGGAGGAAGGUUAACUGAAUGUCUGUGAUCACGGACAGCGAUGGACCUUGGGUCCACUCCAGAGCUAUCGUGGGAGACAAAUUCUUUUAACAGUCUGUCCUCCGGGCAUCGGGAGUCCUCGAGCAAUCAUCUUUCCUGUGCUGCAUGCACGUGCAUCCAAGACCCAUGGGUGGCUUUGGGGAAAGUGCUAGCGACAGUAUCCAUGUCAAUGUCAACUAUAUUUCAGAUUCGAUGUCUCAUAGUUUUCAAAUAAACAGUGUUUUCCAUUACUCCAAUAUGUAUUUGGGGGGCAAGCAACAAAAUGAAAAUUACAUUUCUCCGAACCACCGCUAUUUUGGCCUCGUAACUUUGUUCUCAGAAACCUUUCAUGAGCCACAAGGAAUUAGUAGUAAAAAAAAAAACACAGAAAAAGUGCCAAUAAAUGUUUGAAUUGUGGUGACCCAUUCAGGCUGGCAUAUUAAUUAAUGACCAGAAAGACAGUCUUGGAUAUUAUCUUAUAACUAUUAGUUGAUAUCAUGCUUCACCAAAGUUUGCUCCUAGUCGUUACCAUUAUAUCAAGAUAUUAAUAGUAGACUGAAGUCUUUGGUACAGCAUUGCAUUGAAGUAAAAAUAAGUUCAUGCUUCCUCAAAAGAAUAACAAAACCUACUCCAUUUUAGGAUCCAACUGUCCAGUAGAACUCAGAGACCUCUCAUUCAAUCUGGUAUCCUAGACAGCUGUGCGUUUUCUAGGUGUUCAUAAUAAAUAUUGGGAUUUUGUCUUAAAGAAACAAACACUCUGAAGCUCAGUUUCCCACUACAUCUACCAAGGCUGAUGCAUUCACAAAGCUGGUUUACGGUUGUCAUAUAUUGUUUGCUAAAGUAAUUGUAAUUUUUUUUGCCUGCUUUGCCUCUUUUUGUACAGAAGUUUUGGGCGUGAAAUGAAAAUUAAAGUUUGGUACAUAUAUUUAAAAA